CUUGUUUCCGGUGCAGACUUCCCACCGGACAGACAUAAUAAACACGUGAGACAAAAGCCAAACGUUGGUUACCGGUUAGGGAAACGGAAACUAUUAUAUGAAAAACGUAAAAAGGUUUCAGACUAUUGCCUUGUAUUCGGAAUGUUUGGAAUUAUAGCUAUGAUUCUAGAAACGGAAUUUACCAUGGCAGAUAUUUAUACUAAGACGUCUUUCCCUUCUAUAUUUUUAAAGACAUUAAUCAGCAUCUCCACUGUGAUAUUACUGGGACUUAUACUGGCAUAUCAUGCAUUAGAAGUUCAGUUGUUCGCUGUAGAUAAUUGUGUAGAGGAUUGGCGUGUUGCCAUAUCGCCUAAAAGAAUUGCUCAAUUAAGUGUAGAGCUAGUUGUGUGUGCGAUCCAUCCUGUUCCAGGGGACUUUCGUUUUACCUGGAAGACAAUGCAUCAUGAUGGAAUCAUCAAGUUGUCCGAAGAAGUCAGCAUUGAUGUUCUCCUCUCCUUACCUAUGUUUCUCAGGCUGUACCUCAUUGCAAGAGUAAUGCUCUUGCAUAGUAAACUUUUCACCGAUGCCAGUAGUCGAAGCAUCGGUGCGUUAAAUAGGAUAAAUUUUGACACACGUUUUGUAAUGAAGACAUUGAUGACAAUUUGUCCCGGCACGGUGCUUCUAGUUAAUAUUCUUUCUUUGUGGAUUAUAGCAAGCUGGUUUUUGCGGGCUUGUGAGAGUCCUCUUGAUCCAAAUCAACAUGCUAACAUUUUAAACUCAAUGUGGAUGAUUGCCAUUACUUUCCUGUCAAUCGGGUAUGGUGAUGUUGUUCCAAACACAUAUUGUGGACGAAUGGUGGCCAUUUCCACAGGUGUUAUGGGUGCUGGAUGUACCGCAUUAGUCGUUGCUGUGAUAGCCCGAAAACUAGAACUUAGCAAAGCAGAAAAACAUGUACAUAAUUUUAUGCAGGAUACACAAUUGUCAAAAAAGUUAAAGAACGCCGCAGCCAAUGUUUUAAGGGAGACGUGGCUUAUAUAUAAGUACACAAAACUUGUAAAAAAGAUGAACGCAGGGAAAGUUCGGUCGCACCAAAGAAAGUUCUUACAAUCAAUCCAUUGUUUACGGAGAAUAAAAAUGGAUCAACGUAAACUUACGGAAAAUCAAAGUACAUUGGUUGAUAUGGCAAAGAGUGUAGGUGUAACUGGACUACACAGCGCCAAUAGCGUGUAUAUUUCAAAACCUUUGCCCGAGUACAAUCAGACACAGAGCCAUAUUGAAACCAUGGUAACAGAAAUGUCAAGCAACAGCAGUGCUUUAGAGAAACGUGUGAAUAAGAUUGAGGAUAAGCUUCAUGCUUUACAGGUGCAAAUGGACAUGUUGCCAAACAUGAUAGUUGAGAGGUUACUUGCCAGACGAAGCGAUCCCCUAGCUGAAAGAACUGGGGAAGCAAGACCAAUUCCCGAGUUCCGACAGUAUAGCCGGUUAUCACCACCAAGGCGGCGGCGAAACCUUGUUACACAAAACUCUGUCCCAACACCUUCAACAUUGUCGCCAUUUACAUCAGUAAGUGGCACUCACCUGCCUGAAACAAGUGUGUCCUUGCCGGCAAGUCCUUCAGACACACAGACAGGGGACGUGAAUCACUCUUAAUUCAAAGUGCAUUAAGCAGAUAUUGUACGUCUGCUCAAUACAAACUGCGUGAUAUAUAUUUAUCAGACAGUGUAAAGUCAAAACGAAUGUUAUUUCUUCAAUGAAGCUGUGUAUCCUAGCGAGUGUACGAUUGAACGUAAACAGUGUUUAGAUUUAACAAUAUCGAAUCUAAAUUGACAGAGAGCCAUUCCACAUUUUCAUGAAACAAAUAUUGGCUUGUGAAGGCAUGUUUACAGAGCUAAAGCAGACAGUUUGCUUACUUUUUAUAUCAAGAUAAUUCUGGAGAGAAAAUGGGUGUAUAUAUGAUUAAUCAUUCCUAAGUCAUAAAGCAUUUGACUCGUCAUAGAUUUGACAGUUUUACUGUUGUAGUUUACGUUGGCCUCCCGAAUACUAUAUGUCAAGUCAAAUAGAGGUUCAAUAUUAUUGUAUUGAUACGUUGCAAAACAUUUAUGUUGUAAAUUAAAAAGCAAGUGUAAUAUCUUGAUGGUAGAACCUUGGUGAAAGUUAAAUUGGAACCUGAUUUGUUAAAUGUCAACGAUUUUUGCGACUGCAGAGGUACUUCACAAAAUCUAGAAUUGUAUCAAAUGAAGAAAUAUUUACUUAUAUGCAACAUUCCACAAUAGAUCAGAUCGUACAAUACAAAAUUAUUGUUUUAUAAUUACUGCAUGUACAAAAUCUAUAAAUGUAAGUAAUUAUAACGAAAUAUUCGUCUUGGUGAGUAUGUAUAUUAACAGAAAAAAAUGACUGAAUAAUUCAAAUCUAUAAUCUCAUCUUCUUGCUUCUGUGAGAUGGCAUAUGAAUCAAUAUUAUAACAAAUGUGCUCAAUACGCCCUCUCUUUAAUAUAUUCUAUUUGGAUAUGUUUGUAUCCAUCUAAUUACACACAAAAUUAAUGUUACACUAUAUAAGGACGACAUGCUAAAAAUUUAUUAAAGUUGGUGCAUGGAUCUUUUUUAUUAACAUUAUGAGGAAAUCGUUAAUAAGAAUGGGUUACCCAUUUUUGUUUUAAUUAGCAUUGAAAAAUCAUACUCUACUUAUUAUCAUAGUAAAAUAUGGCAAAUGUUAUAUUUACAAUUUGUCUGUAUGAUAAAAAAGUAAAACGUUUAAACAAUAGACAUUUGUCCGUUGAUGUUCAAUUCUUAAUCUGUGAAUAAUUUCAUAGAGUAAUUUAUGUCAAAAAUUUAAUUCCUGUGGAUGCAAAGACAUUUAUUGGUGCUAAAAUAUUUUCAGCGUCCUUUAUUCUUCGGUAUUUUAAUUUCACCAAACAGCUAUGUACCUAUUAUAUGGCAUAUUCCUCUUGACAUCUUCUUGGUGUCAAUUUAAAUGGAAUAGAAGUUUUGGAAAGACGAUUAACAUUUGAAAAUAAGAAGUAAAACUUAAAGACACUUAAUAUCACCUGUCAAUUCAUUGUUUUUCAUUCAAGUUCGAUUAAGUGAUCGGUUUGUCUCAUUUUAGGAGACAAUUAUAAGAAAGCAUAUAGAAGAUUUAAAACAGGAAUGCUCAAAAGGUUUUAAACGAGCUCUUAAAGUGGAUUGGUCUACAAUGGGCACUUUUACAAAAAAUUAUUGAUAAAACAUUAAUAAAGACAAUGGUAAUAUAUCAUUUGGACUCAAACAAAUAUUUUGGUUUGAAUUAAUGAAUGUUUACCUAGUUCUAAGUGAUUAAAUAAAGAAUAUUUAUAUGACAAUAAAUAAUAUUUAAUAUCAAAUUAUGUAUCCCACAAUAUCCUAACAAUAUCCGCAUAUAAUAACUUGUAGUUUGUGGUCAGAUACUUAAUACCAUCAACAUGAUUAUAUACGUUAUUGCUUACUUCCCAUGAUGGACCAAUUCAUUUUAAAUAGUUCAUUACAUUUAUACUUCUAAAAUAAUUUGUUUGAAAUAAAUAUUUGAUGCUUGUGCUAAAGCACGAGGGAAUUCAUUUUAAUUGCAAGCACUUUGAUAUCUGUCUUUUCCUGCUAUAUUUAGCAACUAAAUGGUAGGGAAGUCUGAGAUUAUUUUAAAAUUCCAUAUUGCAUUCCAACGAUCAAUUAUUUAAUAACAUAGGAUUUAUUUGCUUCAAUAGCUGAGUGUAAUAACUUCGAAUUCAACCAAAAUAUGGGUUGCCUUACUAAAUAAGACAUUUAUGAUCCUUUUGUUAUCAAAAUGAUUCAUAAUUUCAAUAUGUUCAAACUAUUAUUGUUAUCAUUUUUAUGAUGAUAAUCGUUUUUAUUUCUAUUGAGGAGAGUUUUUAUCUUAAAUAUGUGAUAUUUUCCAAAACAAAUCCCAAGAAUUGUAUAUAUGUAUAUAGUUGCACUUGUUAAUGCAAAUAGCGAUAUGUUAUCCUUUUUCAUCGCAUUAUUGUAAAUCCAUAUUUAUAAAUCGUCAAGACAGUGAAAGGUUGUUUACUAUUUGUACUUGUUCAUUUGUUUUUAUGUUGAUAAAUUAUAUGAUGUUGAACAUUACCAAUUUUAUUUGUCGGGUUUUUAUUGUUAAGUUAGUAAGUUGUAAAAUGUAUAUAUAAAAGAGACGUUUUAGAAAGACAAACUUUCCCGUUUUUAUAUGUACUACAUUUCAGUGUGAACAUUUACUGUUACACUUCUAUUAUGCUUUACUUUUUAACAAAACCAGAGUAUAUAUUUCACCUCCUUAGCACAGUGCAAAAAAAUUUAAAUAAUCAUUUGAUAUCCUUUUAACUCGACGUAAAUGAUAAGUUUUGUAAAUAUGCAUUUUGUUUAUUACAUCUAACUAUGUGAAGGGUCGUUUUGCGUUUGACAUGAAAUAAAUUUGCAGUUAUUCAAUUUCUUGGUAUGAGAAAUAUAAGAUAUAGAAAAACAAUGUGAAACGUCUGUAUAUUUCUGUAUGUUGUUACAUUCAUAUAAUGCAAUUUAUUAACUGUUGUCUUUGAAAUAUUAUAAAUAGACAAAGUUUGAUGUUUUUAACAUAAAAACAAAAGCAAAUAUAAUUAUAUAGCCGCUGAUGAACUUGUUUUAUUUUUUUCAGAAAUGUGUACAGUACUACAAUGUUUUCACUUAAGUUUUUAUUUUAAAAUUUAAAGCUCAAAUUUAUUUUACUAGUUAUUCGCACAUACACACACAAUAUAACAAUUUUUUAUCACUGCUUACAGGUGAUUAUUGAAAUCUUUAUACCUUACAGAGAAAGACAUCUCACGUACUCCUAAAUGUACUUGUCUUGACAUCAAAAAUGUUAUUGUAUGUUACUGUUUUAUGAUGAAAAAUAAAUCUUAGUCUAAAA